AUGUUCGAGGAAAAGUUCAUCGUCAGCGUGGCUUCGGCCUGCUCUUCAUUGACCAUCGUUGCCUGCCUGAUUGUGGUUCCAUCGCUCUACAACACCAUCAACGAGAUCCACGAUGAAGUUAUCGAAGGCGUCGCAGUGUUCCGCGUCGAGACCGAUUCUGCAUGGAGUCGAAUGAUGGACGUGCAAGUGGCCGUCGCACCACCCAGCAAGCCGCGUCAGAACCCCUUCAACUCCAUUUUCCGUAACAAGAGACAGGCUGGUCUCCCUUCGUUCUGCCAGUGCACCCCUCUGACAGUCAACUGCCCACCUGGACCUCCUGGACCACCUGGACAGCCUGGAACACCUGGACAACCUGGAGCGCCUGGUCAACCCGGUGACGACAACACUUCAACUUAUGCUCCCAUUAUCUGCCCACCUCGAGACACAAGCUGCAUCCAGUGCCCACCCGGACCACCAGGACCACCUGGACCAGAUGGAAAUCCCGGAGGCCCAGGACCCAAUGGAAAUCCUGGACAGCCUGGAUUUCCAGGUCAGGAUGGACAGCCAGGACCUAUGGGACCACCCGGAGACGCAGGAUCACCAGGAAACCCAGGAAGCGAUGGACAACCUGGACAGCGCGGGCAGGACGGUACCACAUCAACCAACACCCCUGGUGCACCUGGAAGUGUUGGACCUAUGGGGCUUCCAGGAAAUGCCGGCUCCCCUGGACAGCCAGGAACACCAGGAAACCCUGGAGCGCCUGGACCAGCCGGACAGCCCGGAGCACCAGGACAACCUGGACCUAACGGUCAACCAGGAGGCCCAGGAGGACCUGGUUUGCCUGGAGGUGAUGCAGCAUACUGCCCAUGUCCACCUCGCACAGCUACAUUGGUGUCUCGUUACACUCAUUAA